GUCGACAGCCAGGGAUAAAUGACAGAGUCAACACCGCGCUUGGCAGUGUUAGACCGGUCUGAUGGGUUAAGCGGUAAACGGCGGCUUGAAGUUGGUGAUCGGUCUGCAGAGCAAGUAGGAUAUGGAAUAUAUUGAACCUUAUAGUCGAACAAGCCGCAUUGCUCGUCUCGAUAGCACGUAUGGUUGGAUAUUCGCAGCAGCACUAGGCACUACUAUCGUGACGGUAAGAAGCAACGGACUGGCUCAGCAUGCGCCGCACUUCCUGCAUUCAAGGCUUACCGCUUCGUUGCCUAGCCGACACCCUGUGUAGAUAAAGCGUCCUGCUCAAUGUGCGCGAUGC